UGACGCGAAGUAGCAAAUUUCAAUAAACGGUGGUUGGGUCUCUUCUCCUCCUCCAAAAAUGUGCUCUUUAUUUCAAUUGCCAAGACCCCCUGCCUCCGAUCCAAGAAGAAUGAGAGCCAGAAGAGCGACUCCGGCUUCUCCCCCAAAACUCCCUGCGAUCACCCCCAAAACCCUAAUCCCUCUCACCCUCCUCUCCAUCCAAUCCACGGCCAUGGCCUACUCUUCUGGCGGCGGGCGGCGGCCAAAGAAGAAGGUCUACCACCGCGUCCCGGAGCUCGACAAGGCCAUGGACCUCCAGAAGAAGCCCGCCCUCCUCCUCCGCCUCCGCUCCAUCAUACUCUCCCACAAGAGCCGCUCGGUCCUCCUCCGUGACCUCGAGAAGGAGGUCGGCUUCGUCCAGAAGUGGAACUACCUCUCCCUCAUCCAGCGCCACCCUUCCGUCUUCAAGGUCUCCGGCGGCGGCGCCGCCCGCUUGCCCAUCUCCGUCAGGCUCACCGAGAAGGCCGAGAGGGUUUCCGCCGAGGAGGCCGAAGCCAGAGCAUUGAUGGAGCCCCUCUUGGUGAGGAACCUUCGGAAGCUGCUGAUGAUGUCGGUGGAAUGCCAGAUCCCCCUGGAAAAGAUCGAGCUCAUCAAGUCGGAUCUCGGCUUGCCGGAAGAUUUCAAGGAUUGCUUGAUACCAAAGUACCCGGAGUAUUUCUCCGUCCGGAAAGCCAAUGGGGUGGAUUGUCUCUGUCUCGAAAGCUGGGAUUCUUCGCUUGCUGUCACUGCCCGUGAAGAAAAAUUGGAUCUUGGAAGUGUCCAGAGUUCGACCAGGGUGAUUCCCAGAGAUGGUAAUUUCUCUGGCCCGUUUGCUUUUAAGUUGAAAUUUCCGGCUGGUUUCCGGCCGAACAAGCAUUACCUCGAGGAGAUGCUAAAAUGGCAGAAAAUGGCAUUCCCUUCUCCAUACUUGAAUCCCAGGAGGAUCGAGCCUGCAACACCGCAGGCUCGAAAACGGGCAGUUGCAGUGCUGCACGAGUUCCUGAGUUUGACUAUGGAAAAGAGGCUGACCUCUGAUAAAUUGGAUGCAUUUCAUAAUGAGUAUCGGCUGCCAUCGAAACUGUUGCUUUGCUUGGUCAAGAAUCAUGGGAUAUUCUACAUCACAAAUAAGGGGGCAAGAAGCACUGUAUUUCUUAAGGAAGCUUAUGAUGGACCCAACCUGAUUGAGAAAUGUCCUCUGUUGAGAUUUUAUGAUAUGUUUAUGGCACUAAUUGGCAGGACAUGCCCUGAUCAGAAUAAUGCUAUGGCAGUUUGAUGGGAUUUGAUGUGUCAAAUAACAUUGUUUCGUGUUCAAGGGAACUGCUUCUCUCUUGUUGGUUCUGAUUAAAUCGAUUUUUCUGCUAAGUUUCCAGCCAAAGGAGGACAAACAUUGCAUUGAGUAGGUGAUAAAGUGGCUGAAAAUGGCCUUCCCUUCUCAAGUAUGAUUGUGUCAGGAGAAUGAGCACAAACUGCAGGCCUGGAAAUGAAUGUUUAUAAUGCUCCAGGAGCUGCUCAGUUUGACUGGGGAAAACAGGCAGGCAUCUGAUAAAUAGGUUGAGUUUGUUAAGGAGUAUUACUCUCCCUGCAAGCUGUUGCUUUGCUUGGUUAAGAAUCUUGGGAUUCUUUUACAUCAUAAUAAGGGAGCAUGGGGGUGUAGUGUUGUUCUUCUAAGGGAGCUUUUGAUGAACUCAAUCUGAUCGAGAAAUGUCUUUUGUGGAGUUUGCAUGAUAGUUUCUGGAACUCAAUCAACAUUCCAGAGUUUGACAUGUUGAUGACAGCAAGAUCUAUCAAGCUGAUGCCACAUGCUCCUCUCUUCUUAAGCUAUCCUGAAGAUAACCAACAUAUUUGUCCUUCACUCAGGUAGAUAUCCAGAUCUUCAACAUUUGUAACUUGUUUUAAGGGAGUCUAUUUAAAUGUAAAUUCAUAUUCUCAUACAAUAAAACAUUGACCUUUCCUAAAGCGUGAUAUAUAUUUUUUUUCUUUUUGAGGCAUAAGAGGCAGUGGGAUACUGGCAGGUAGGAGAUGUGCUUAAUUUAAAUGCGAU